AUGUGUAUGAUUUAUAACCUAUUUGAUACAUUUUUAAUUGUAGCACAUUCCACAUCAGGGAAUGAUUUCUUUGAUCAGCUGACAAGUCCAUUACAUCUUGACCCAUUGACUGUCGCAAAAAAUCAUGGUGUUGAACGAGACUCACGCUUUACAGUUUUGAUUACACCUCCAGUUCUAAAUCCGCUAUCAACUCUCACAUCUGUUUCAAGAUAUGCUACAGCAACGAGAAAACUAAAUUUUUCUUUACCUAGUGGAAGUGCAUUUGGACCAUGUGAUUACGAAGGAAUUGAACGAAUAACUCUGAAUGAUGGUAAUAUUGUUAAAUUAAUCUAUGCUCAUAAACGGUUAAAAUUUGGAGGUAAAUCAACAAGUUUACGUGCAUUCACUAAUCAUUUACAAAAAAUGGGUCAUUUUCAAUUAUAUACUCUAUCUCGGCGUGAAGGUACUUAUGUAUUGUUAUCAAAUAUUUCUAUCUAUUUAAAAUUGUUGUUAAAAAAUGCAUUGGGUGAUGACAUUAUAAAGAUAGUUUUACCGUCUUGCGAAACAGCAAUACCAGCAAUACCAGCAUUACAGCAAAACCAAGAAGGAGAUGAUUAUCAAUUAAUAGAUAAAGUCAUAAUUAAAACUGUAGCGACAAUUCGUGAUCAAAUCAAAUUAAUGAAUAAUAAUAAUAGUAAUAAUCCUGUUAAUCGUUAUGGACAAGCAUCUAAUCUAAAAACACUGACCCCUGACGAAUAUGAACAGCAACUGCCAAAAUUAUUAUUGAAUUUUAUCAUAUUGUGCACGAUGAAUAACGAUGAGUAUGAUCAGUUCUUAUACAAUGAUGAGCUAGUGGAUUUAUAUGAAAAUGAUAUUGUUUGUGAUUCAGUCAAAAAGCUGAAACAAAUGUCGAUUUGCUAUGACAUUGUAGCGUGUAAAGAUCGUUUACAGUUUAAUUCUAAGCAUAUUUUAUUGGUACUAUCAGUUUAUAAAUUAUGUGGAUGCUGCAGUGUUAUUGAUAUAUUGAAUAAGUUUGGUAGUACAGCGUCUUACGACACGAUCCAACGUUUUUUAACAUCUAUAUGUGGACAUGAAUAUAAUGGCGACGGUCUACCCAAGUGGUUCGUUUGUAAACCAAAACGGAGUGCUGCGUCAAAUUCUUUACCGUUUUUAGCAAGACCUGGUACAACCAAUGAACGUGUUGUUAAACAAGAAUGCAGAUUGUUACUCUUCUUUUGCGAAGCGCACUUCGGAAUAUGA